GUAGGGUUGUUUUGAUCUUGUUUAGGUUUUGUUCCCAUGACCUUGCCCUCUACUUCCUCCACCUCGUUUUUAGAUGUUUUUGAGGGUCAAGUUCACCAGUGCAACUUUCGCUGUCGACCCGUCAACAACCAUUUCACAUUCGUCGUAAAUACGGUGCACCAGUUUGUUUUCUUGGGUCAAAACUUAGAUUGGUACAGGUCAGUUGAGUUACAUGAAGCAUUUCCACAGGAGGACGUAAAGAUGGGCCAAGUUUGUGGUGGAGAGAGCAAGCAAGAUUACAGCAUCACGAACGUGGCCAAUGCCUACAGCAAAACCAUUUGGGUAAGGGUUGUUGGCGAACGCAAGCACGUGACGUUAAGAAACUCACCGAUCGGGAGUACUGCAGGAAUUGACUUUACGCCCAUUUACCCCGGAGAUUUCCAGUCCUUCCGGCUGUCUUCAAAUCAAGACCCUGACGACCCAGUCUACAUCACCAUUCUUACCGAUGAUGACCUGAUUAUGUGUAAUAGCGUACCGCAGUUAGAAAACCAGUCUGUCAUUGUUGAUCAAAACGGUAUACUGAGGAAUACGAUGACCGGUUUCAUAUGGCGAGACACCAAUGGCAAAGACCACGACGUGGAAAAAAGCAUUGAUGAUUACGACUAAUGCCGCUGCAUUACCGUUAUUCUUAUCAUUUCUUGUUUCUUAAAUUCAGAAACCUGUAAAUGAAAUCUUGUCACAUACAAGUGCACAAUCACAGACUAUCUAUUCA